AGCUGACCACGUACAUUACGAUAAGGUACGGUAGUAGGUAGCGAACCUUCAGCUCAAAACCCCCCUUACCUCACCUCAGCCAAAGUUGCCAAACAAUGUCGAUGGCUCGAUGCCCCGCCCAGUUCAACACCUGUUUUCUUCCAGGUUCAGGCUUAUGAUCUAGAAACUAUUGAUACUGAUAGUGAUAGUGAUAGUAAUCAUGAUUCGGUACCCUCAGAUCCUGCCAGGCCAAACACAACAACCGGGGAUUCAUUCGGGGGCCUUUCCCGAUCCCGUGCUCGCUCGACGUGACAAAUACUGGGCUCUGUCCCGCCACAGAUACCCCGACCAGGACGACCCGGCCAAACUCCCAGCACCCGAGGUGGGCAGGACCGUCGAAGAUAUCAACUUCAUCGAGGUGCUCGAGGCACAUCAGCCAUGGAAGAUGCUCAAGCUUCCCAUCUUGUGCCGCUCUUGCUGCGACGGCGACGACCUGGACAGCUUCCAUAUAGACAAUGUCCACUGGCGGUAUCUGCACUGCACCCGCUGUCCCGGCUUUUUCCUGUGCGGGAAUUGUCUCGAGAAGGGAGACCCGGCCAUUGUCGCAGUGCUACUCUACCCUCACGCCCAACAUGGCCGCCUCAUCAUUAUUACCUCUCGCCCGUACUGGUCCCCCGUGUUUGAUGGCGGUGAUCUCGACCAGCUGCUUGCUUUCAAGCAGGCCGGCACAAGCAUGGACGAGUUCUUCCUCUACUUCCCGUGGUUCUUCCAUUCGUUUGAGGGCAUGGAUCAGCUGCGGCUGGUGUAUCAGCAUGCGCUUCUACAGUCCUCCCCGAUCCAGGAUCUCCUCCGCUCGCUGAGCCUUGGUCCAGGGGACCCGGUAGAAGUCCCAACCAGUGAAAGUGACGACAUCUACCGUUUCAUAAGCGCCCCUGUCGACUGGUACAUGCGCAUAUAUGCCACGGGAAACUGGGAGCAGUUCCACGCGCGAGUCGAGCCGCUGGUGGACGAGAGGAUUCACGUCGCUCGCCGGUCCGCGGCGCUGAGCGGGCUCCUUGAGCAACUGCACGGCUCUGUCGAGGAGAAGAUCAGCAAGUAUGGAGAGGGGGACAUAGCCUACGACGCGGCAGCUCUAUAUGCCUCUGGCUUUCUCGAAGCGCUGAUGCCCAGCAAGUUCGCUUGCUACCUUGUCCCCUUGCAUGUGACUGGGUCCCUGAACGGCGACAUCAACAGGGAGAAGCUGCGCCGGGUCGUGCGCCCUUGCAGAGAGGAUGGCCAGGACCUUCUGGUGUCAGCCGGGGACCACGGCCACCAUCUGUUUGCUGGCACGUCGAUGGGCAGCCAUCUCAGUAACUUCCUGUUCACAGAGGGGGAUAGACUGUGGCCCAUGUUCAAGGCUAUCUUUGAAGACGACGACGGGUUCGGGAAGCUGAGGACCCCCUUGGUAUUCAACGACUUUGUCCCUUACAUGCAAUACACGUCCGGGGAAUGGGACCGGUUCCUGGCUAGAGAACUCGCGGUCCGCAACGCACUGUUUGAAAUUCAAUACCAAGUUCUUCCGACUGACACAAACCUCGCCCAGCUUCCUGAGUCUAUAGGAUCGCCGGACGCUUCCUCUAUCGCGGAAACUGCCUUCCGCCACAGACUAUUCGGCGACUAUGAUAAGGCUGCAACACUCAUGCCUAAUAAGCCCGGGGGCGGGGAUGAAGAGAGACGGAGCAGUCCGUCCCUGGAGGACGUCUUAGAAGUCCAACUGUGCUUCCUUGAGCAGGGCUGCCUAAGAAAGGCUGAAUCCUACCUCCGAUAUCUCUCGAACGGGGCGGAACAUCCCGGGCAGGCCGUCCACGAGCUCGCUCAGACCAGCGCUGCCGCCGCCUGCAUCUAUGCAAUCUCUCUCUACGCCAUGUGCUUCAGGAGUCCCACCGGUUGGGAGGCUGCCCUCACGCUGCUACCCACUCUCUUUCACCAUCACUGUCUGCCUCCCGACGAUGCCAUCGCCCAAGGCUACACCCGCAAAGACCUGCUGCUUCGGGUCCAACUAGAAAUUAUUUUCCACAAGACCGUUCUUGCGGCCUACCGCGACAUCCUGCGACAUUGCCCGCAGGAAGCAGCCAUCCGCCGCUUGCAGAGCAUCCAAGACCAUCUGGCACCGCAGUCUGACGACAUCCAAGUCGCUGCGAUGCUGUGGCAAGUGGCUCUGCUCGAGAUGGAGAUGAAGAAGAAAUGGGUAAGAGACCAAUACCUACAACACGAAGCGUCGUUCAGCAUGACGCACUUCCUGCACGACGAACAGGCGUCUCUGCAAAUCAUCGAACGCUUUCAACGCAGUCUGCUCGGGCAGGGAGGGCAGUUUGAUGUCCUGCGAGGCCAUGCUGCUCUUCUGGAAGCCAGACUUCACCUAGACGCUGGGAGACGGCCGUCCUCGGCGGUUGCCGCAUCUAGGGCCAUGGAGCUUUACCGAGACACGGGCUGCGCGGUCGGCUGCUUGGACGUCGAAAUCCUCCACUCGCCGCUGACAUAUGCUUCCAUCGGUCCCCUCUACGAUAAGCUACGGGCGAGAAACGACCUGGGCCGGCUCCGCGUUCUGCGGAAGAUGGCGGUCGACACGACGGGCGGCCAGGUUUCUUCUUCCGAGACGGCAUGCAUCCACACCACUGCGGCCACCUGGCGCAGCAGACAGGUGCUCGAUCUGCGCGGCCUGGCCCUCGAGGCAGGCGACAUGAUAUCCUACCACCGCUGGAACAUGAGAAAAUACGCCGGCGACGAGGUGGUGGGCGCGUGCAUCCAGGCAUCGGAGGAGGUGCUCAAGGGAGACGCAGUCGUGCACAGCACCGUGCUGGCCACCAUGGCGUCCUUCAACCUGGCCAAGGCGUACCUGACCCUCGGCAACCACUUUGCCGCCUCGCUCAACGCCCUGUUCCACCUCAGCCUCACGAGCAUCCAGAACGACGCCGAAAGCCACCAGACAGCCGUUCUGUCCGCCCUGCACUGUUUCUCGGAGGCCGUCGCCGCAGAGCCGCGCUUGCAGUCCCGCUUUCCCGCGCUCAAGGAUCGAUGGAACGGAUGGCUGGAGUCCACGGCGCUGCGGCGAUGGGACCAGGGCCAGCCCCGCUGCGACGAAAUCGAGCGCUUCAUCGAUGGCGCCUGCUUUCUGCCCUCCCUCGCUGGCCGGAUCGAGCGGGCCCCGGAGAACGGAGUGCUGGCCCGCGACCCGUCGCUCGAAGACGCCCUGAUCGACCACCUGCGCGUGGCAUUUGGGCUGUAUGCAGCGAUGCCGGUAUACGCCGCAUCCGCAAUUGUCCCACGGCUUGCCCACGCCCUCGGCGCCGUGGCGGGCUAUAUCGGCAACGCGGAGCUCGCCAUCCGGUGCUACUGGGAGGGCAUCCGAUGCUGCCACUCCGAGGACACCCUGUCCGUCAUGCGCCUCCGGCUGGAGGCUGGCAAGCUCAUGGUGGCGCUGGGCAACCGCGACCCGGAGCACUGGAUGCACGUCGUCGACCCAGGCCGGCUGCUCCUUGCCUCGGCGGCGGCCGACAUGGCGAGCGACUCGCAGCUGUUGCUGUCCGGCUCGGCCCUCUACAGCAUCGAGGCAAACCUCUGGCUUGUCUCGUCGCUGCUGGACGAGGCGCGCGCGUGCAAGACGAUGCUCGACAUGGCUAUCGCGGCGCCGCCGGAAGAUGACGAUUCUUCUUCCUCCGGAAUGAUAAGGGAUAUGCUACUGCGGGUCGUGAAGCUCAUCCGGAGAGCUGAGAACCCUAUAAGCAAGAUCGAGCAGGCAUUCGAUACAAUCGCCGACGGUGUCCGCAUCGACAGCCCCUUCGAGCUGAACUUUAACCUCGUCCGGCUUGCCGAGAACCCCCUUUUCAGGGAAGCCAAGCAGCUUGCUCUUGAGCUCGGUCUCAUCGCCAAGGACUUCGAUAGGUUUGCAAACCGCCAGCGAGGGGCGUACUUCUGGGUUCAGGUGCAGAGGUUCAAGGGGACGGUCCUCGGCUAUCAGUACCGCAAGACGGUGCCCCGUGCCAUGUUAGACCGCCUCAUGGCACUCCCCGCGGCGCGUCGGCUUUACCAAGAGGAAGCCGCGCUGAUGGAUGAGUUGCCGCACUCCAGGCUGGAUGGCCGGCUGGGCCGACACCGCCUGGCCAUGCUCCAAGACCCGGACCUGCUGCCCCUGCUGCUGCGGAGGGUGGGGAGGCGGCCGACGCUGGAAGAGAUGUCGUCUCUCGUGCGCGAUCGCGUGAACAGCAGCAACAAGCUGCCGCAGCCCAGUCCGGCGGCAGCGGCGACCAGUGCUGUUGUGAUAUUCAUCGACUGGAUCCUCUACCGCGGCCACUUCUACAUCUGCGGAUUCAACGCAUCCGACGACGGCGGCGGCGGCACGCUGUGCAUCCAGCAACACAUCCGGGAGCUGGACGUGCCCACGAUCGAGCAAUGGAUCCGCGACCACGUCGAACCCGGCGGCGACCUCCUGACCGAUCCCAUCGGCGCUGCAACCGCGCUGAACAGCAUCCGCAUGCUGGUGGCGCCCAUCUCGGCUGCUGCGGCCGCCAACCGCUUGCCCCGCGGCGCGACCCUCAUCUUCUCCCCCUCGCUAUGCCUGAACCGCAUCCCGCUCCACGCCCUCCCCUACGGCCGCGACGACGACGAGCCCGUCAUCCAGUACCACCCGGUCAUGUACGCGCCCAGCUGUGCCGCGCUGCGCGACUGCGUGGAGCGUGCGCUCGACGACGACGACACCAGGUCCAGGGUUGGUGGUGCCCAGCAGCGCCUGCUCCAAGCGCGGCUGUUUGACUGCUACGGUACCGACGACGAUGACGAUAGCGGUGGAAAAUCAUCCCACCACGCAAUGGCCGAGCUUGCCACGGUGCUGGAGGAGCGCGGUCGCGGAGCAGGAGGCAUCCCGUUCACGGUCACGACGCGGGACAGAGGCGUGUCGGCUGCCGAGCUGAGGGCACUGCUGCCGGACGCAGACCUGGUGCAUUUCCAUGGCCAUGUCGAUGGGAGGAACCUGGAAAAAUUCCUCCACUUGAAGCUGGACGUCGCCGACCAACAACAGCAACAACAACGACAGCAGCAGUCCCCCUCUCCGUUAGCAGAGUUGCCGGCGACAGGGACAGCGACAGAUGCAGAAACAGAAACGACCUUCAAGCUGCAAGACAUCUACGCAUCCACCCUGACCGCCCGGCUCGUGCUCCUCAUCGGCUGCGGGUCGGGCGAGCUGGUGGUCAGCCGGGGCGACGACGCACUGGGCCUGGUCAACGGCUUCCUGGCCGCCGGCGCGACCACCGUGGUCAGCACGCUCUGGCCGCUGGACAACCGGGACGGGAGGGACUUUGCGCGGCACUUUUACCUGUGCGCGUUCGGAGGAGGAGAAGGAGGACAACAAGAACAACGAGAACAACAAGAGCAGCAGCAGCAGCAAGGACAGGGGGGCAGUGAGGAAUGUCGACAACAACAACAACAACAACAACUCAUUGACCUUGCCACGGCGAUCCAGAGCGCCGUGCGAGCCAUGAGGACGUGUCAGAGGCGAGGCUGCCUCCGGACCAGGAAGGAACCUGGGGAAAGGCUCAGGUGCCAUCCCUCGACGCCGUAUCACUGGGCUCCCUUUGUGGGAUGGGGAAGCUGGGUCCUUGGCGUACAGAAUCAUCAACUUGGAUGAGAGAACCCCCCUACACCUCCCCCCACUCUUGGCUAGGUCGCAACAGAGGAAACUGCGCUCUCUGAGACUCUCUCUCUCUAUCUCUAUCUCCGCCGUAGUUUGUCUUGGGUAGGUACCUAAGGUUUGCAGCUGAUAAUUAUCAAGACCGAGACGGGAGUGUUCUAUCACCUUUCCUCUCAUAACCAACCCAAGCCAUAGUGGUACUCCGUACACUACAAACACAUACAAACACAUACCCUCACCAUCUUCGACACCUCACAUCCGCACACAAAGAAACAUUGAGUAAGAUAAGA